GAGCCCCUUGCUCUGGUGUCCACUGGUCCCUGCACAGUUGCUGGCACAGUGGCACUCGCUUACCAUCUGACGGGUGAAUGAAUGAGACGAGGGCUAGUUCCCACAAACUGACUACCUCAGCACGAUCGUGAUGAUCAUUUGGACAGAUUGCAGAUUCUCAUCCCAUGGGUCAUUCUCAUCCUGCCAGUCCUGUUGUCCUGUCAUCAACUUUGGAAGAGCAGAAGCGACCAGCUGUGCCAACACACCUCAGGAAAAAUGGAAUCGUGUGCAUCGCGCUGUAAUGAGCAUUUUAACCGGGAUGCCACCUGCCAGUGUGACCGUCGGUGUUCCCGGCACGGAGACUGCUGUGAAGACUACGAAAAUCUGUGCACUGCUGAAAAGGACCCUGAGGAGCCAGAGCUGGAGGAAGAGACAGAAGAGGCUCCAGCCCACAACUUGUACUCGGCACCCACCUCCUGCCAGGGCCGCUGCCUAGAAUCCUACGACAAGCACCAUCCAUGUCACUGCAAUGCCCGCUGCCAAGAGUUUGGGAACUGCUGCAAGGACUUCGAGAGCCUGUGUGGUGACCGUGAUGGAUUCUCCCACAGCAGGGACGCCAUAACUAAAGAGGAACUUCAGACCAUCUCUGAGAAGAUCUAUAGGGCAGACACCAACAAAGCCCAGAAGGAAGACAUCAUUAUCAAUAGCCAAAACCGCAUCUCCCCCUCAGAGGCGAGGAACCAAGUGGAUUGCUGCCCGGAGCCGCUCUUCACCUAUGUCAACGAGAAGUUGUUCUCCAAGCCCACCUAUGCAGCCUUCAUCAACCUCCUCAACAACUACCAGCGGGCGACGGGCCAUGGGGAGCACUUCAGUGCCCAGCAGCUGGCUGAGCAGGAUACCUUCCUCAGAGAGAUCAUGAAGACAGCAGUCAUGAAGGAGCUCUACAGUUUCCUUCAUCACCAGAACCGCUACAGCUCGGAACAAGAGUUCGUUGAUGACUUGAAGAACAUGUGGUUUGGGCUCUAUUCAAGAGGCAAUGAAGAGGGGGACUCAAGUGGCUUUGAGCACGUCUUCUCAGGUGAAGUCAAAAAAGGCAAGGUCACCGGCUUCCAUAACUGGAUCCGUUUCUACCUGCAGGAGAAGGAAGGCCUGGUUGACUAUUAUAGUCACAUCUACGACGGGCCUUGGGAUUCUUACCCUGAUGUGUUAGCGAUGCAGUUCAACUGGGAUGGCUACUACAAGGAAGUGGGCUCUGCUUUCAUCGGCAGCAGCCCUGAGUUCGAGUUUGCCCUCUACUCCCUGUGCUUCAUUGCCAGACCAGGCAAAGCGUGCCAGUUAAGCUUGGGAGGACAUCCCUUGGCCAUCCAGACCUACCCCUGGGACAAAUCCACUUAUGGAAAUGGCAGGAAGUACAUCGCCACAGCCUACGUGGUGUCUUCCACGCAAUAGAGUAUGGAGCUGGACAGGGGCAUGAGGAUAGUGAGGACUCUUGCAGGACUGAAGUGGUAUCUGCUCUGGACUGAAGAGUGGACAGAGGAAACCUGGAGGGAUUCCCAAUCCCAACCUAGCCAAAGGAUUCUUGAAUCUAGAAAUACUCAUGUGGGAAAGAGAAAAGAUUCAAAUAAGAAAAAUGCAGGAAAACAAUCAAGUCUUUGUCCUCUAGAAUUCUGUCGAUUAGACUAAGAAGUAGUCCAGGCAGAGAAGGUGGGAACCCUCAGUAGCUCUUAGCCCUGAUGCGUGGUGGAACCAUGAGCA